AUGGUCUGGGGUGCCGCGUGCCAGAUCUUCGGGGCCAGUCUUAAAAAGCCUUUUAUGCCCAUGUUGUCUGAUUGCUAUCAUGCUUUUCAAUAUACGAUCAUCCAACCGAUUUUUGGGACUUCAGACAUCAUCGGCGUGCCAAAAAUGGAGACUGAAAAGAUCGUCCCAACUGAGCGGGAGCUCAAGAACUUCGAACUGAGCAAUCCAGAGACAAUCACCCUCAUCCAGAAAGCACAGGAGAGCGAUGCUGCCGACCGCCAGUUGACCAUCCCUCAAGCUUUGAAAAAGUACAAGAAAGCCGUUUUCUGGAGCUGCUUACUCUCAACUGCUCUGAUCAUGGAAGGCUAUGACGUCGUCAUUAUCAACUCAUUCUUCGGGCAAACUCAAUUCAGAGAGCGUUUUGGAACCUUUGACGACAAAUCAGGUAAAAAGAUCAUCACCCCAGCAUGGCAGUCGGGUCUUGCGAAUUCAGCCUUGGUGGGCCAGCUGGCAGGUCUUGCUGCCACCUCCUUCGCUCAGGAUCGCUUUGGGUGUCGGCCUACAUAUUUGUUCUUUAUGGCUUGGAUGUGCGCGGUCAUCUUUAUUGCUGUCUUUGCUCCUUCUCUCUCCGUUUUGGCCUUUGGCGAGGCGAUGAGCGGUAUUUCAUGGGGAACACUCACUACGACAUAUGCCUGUGAAAUCGCACCAACAGUGCUACGCCCCUUCCUUACCGCCUACGUCGCCCUCUGCUGGGGAUGCGGGAUCCUCCUUUCAGCUGGUGUCCUGAGGGCGGUUGCCGGCCUUGAAGGGGACUUAGGGUGGCGCCUGCCAUUCUGCCUCCAAUGGUGCUGGCCCUUACCACUGCUCAUCGGGUGUUAUUUUGCCCCUGAAUCUCCAUGGAAUGCAGUGAGACGAAACAAGCUUGAGCUCGCAAAGAAGUCUUUAAUGAGCCUUCGCUCAGACAGCACAACAAAGGAGCAGGAGGUGGAGGCCACACUUGCAUAUAUCCGCCACACAACUGAGAUAGAGAAAGCCGAGAUGGAGAGCGCAAAUUUCUUAGAAUGCUUCAAGGGCACGAAUUUGCGCCGAACUGAAAUCAACUGCAUGACAUGGGCAUCGCAGGUUCUCGAUGGCAACCCAUUGACCAGCUACGCGGUCGUCUUCCUCGAGGCAGCAGGAUUCUCGGAGAUUCAAACAUUCGACAUCAAUAUAUCUAUCUGCGCAUGUUUUGUGAUUGGCGUGCUCAUCUGCUAUCUUAUUUUCCCUUUCUUCGGCAGAAAAACUAUCUAUCUGUCGGGUCUUUCGGCAAUGUGUGUCAUUCUGAUUACAAUUGGUGGACUCGGUUUCGGAAGUGGCCACGAUGCGCAACUCGCCAUUGGAAUUCUACUGGUCAUCUGUACUCUAGUCAACACAAUUUGCAUGGGACCAACCUGUUACCCCAUCGUGGCUGAGACGCCAUCCGGUCGACUGAGAUACAAGACUAUCGCUAUCGGUCGAUUCGCAUACAAUAUUAUUCAGAUUAUACAAAACACUAUCACACCACGCAUGUUGUCCGCCAGCGCAUGGAACUGGGGUGCCAAAUCCGGUCUGUUCUGGGCAGGCACUAACCUGCUCUGCAUCAUCUGGUGUUUCUUUCGUCUCCCUGAGACAAAAGACCGUACAUUCGGCGAGAUCGACCUGCUUUUUGAGCACAAAGUCCCCGCGAGGAAGUGGAAGUCAACUAAAGUCGAUCAAUUCGCCCAUGGUGCUAUAUUCGACGCCAAGGCUGAAGGAGCUGGCCAGGGUGCAACUUACCAUAUGGACUAG